AUGUGCAACUCUAUAAUUUUAGAAAAUAAAAUAUUUGAUUCACAAUGGGAUAAUAAAAAUCAUACAUUAUUUGAAAAUUUAAUGCCAAGAGACAAUAACAAUUUAAUUGAAAAUUCAAAUUACGACAAUAAUAAUAUUAAUAAUAAUAAUAAUAAUAACAAUACCGACAACGAUAACGACAACAACAACGAUAAUGAACCUUUUUAUAAUUCAAAUAUUCCAAAUGAAAUGCAAAUAAAUAAAUAUAGUAGAUUUGGAUUUAAACCAUCUCAACCAAUUUCAAAAAAAAAUGAAAAUCAAAUUGAAUUUAAUAAUAUUUUAUCAUUUUCAAUUAAAUCAUUUUUAUUAUUAAUAUUAUAUAUUUUAUUCUUUAAUUACCAAUUAUAUUCAAAAUAUUUUAUAAUACUAUUAUCUUUAAAUUUAAUAAUAACAUUAAUUUCAAUUAAAUCAAUUUUUAAAUAUAAAAAUUUAAAAAAAUUAAAAAAUAUAUUAAUAUAUAAAAUUCAAUCAAAAAUUAUAAUAUUAUAA